UAGAAAUUUUGAAGAAUGGCAGUUCACAGAGAGCCACACAAAAUAUAUUAGAACGAUGGAUGUGAUGAGUGAGGGACACCACUUCUUCACAUGGCUUCUUCUACUCUCGCACUCACUCUCACUGCCACCACCACCACCUCCUACUCUUCUUUCCCCAUAACCAAACACGCUUUUUCAUAUCCCAGAAUCAACUUUUUCUCUUCCAACAACCGCGCUUUCUCCGUCUCUGCUUCUGCUUCCGCUUCGUCUUCUUCACGUUCGCUUCAGGCUCUCAUCUUCGACUGCGACGGCGUCAUCCUCGAGUCUGAGCACCUGCAUCGCCAGGCCUACAACGAUGCCUUUGUUCACUUCAACGUUCGCUGCCCCUCUUCUUCUUCUCCGGGCCCUCUCAACUGGGACGUCCAAUUCUACGACGAACUCCAGAACCUCAUUGGUGGAGGCAAACCCAAAAUGCGAUGGUACUUUAAGGAACACGGGUGGCCUUCGUCCACGUUGUUCGAGACGCCUCCGACUAGUGACGAGGAUCGUGCCAAGUUGAUUGACACUCUUCAGGAUUGGAAGACUGAGAGAUACAAAGAAAUAAUCAAGUCUGGAACUGUAAAACCCAGACCUGGAGUUCUGAGAUUGAUGGAUGAGGCCAAAGAUGCAGGGAAAAAGCUAGCUGUUUGCUCUGCAGCAACUAAAAGUUCAGUUAUUCUGUGUCUUGAAAACCUUAUAGGAAUUGAACGCUUUCAAGGCCUUGAUUGCUUCCUUGCUGGUGAUGAUGUGAAGGAAAAGAAACCUGACCCAUCAAUAUACCUGGCAGCUUCCAAGAAGCUAGGUAUAUCAGACAAAGAUUGCUUGGUGGUAGAGGACAGUGUUAUUGGACUACAGGCAGCUACACAGGCAGGGAUGUCAUGCGUGGUUACCUACACACCUUCCACAGCAGAUCAGGAUUUCAAGGAGGCCAUAGCACUCUACCCUGACUUGAGUAACGUAAGGUAUGAUGAUAUGCUGCAGAACGGAUUCAAUGACUUUUUUUCUGAAGAAGUCAUGUGACUUUAGUUAAUUUUGUUCAAUUUUUAACUGUCUUUUUAUAUAUUUUUGUUUUUUGGAAAAUUGAAGUUUGUCAUUCAACACAUGAAAAUGAACUAAAAUUAGGUGUCUUUUUUCUGGAAAGAAAUUAUUGAAUCCGUCCCACGUUGCUGCUAACAGCUGAAGGUAUUAUUAGGUUUUGUUCAUUUAUGAUCAGUUACUAAAAUUGUGUGAACCAUCAUGCAGAUUGAAAGAUUUGGAAUUACUGCUUCAAAAUGCAGUAGCUGCUAAAUAGAAGAUUUGCUUGUAAAUGUUACCAUUUCUGCUGAAAAUUGGUAUCUCUAUAAAAGCAGACAUUUUUCAUAUAUUUCAUAGCGGAUGUAUACACGUAAGUUAAGAUAUGACAACAAUUCUUUGCAAAAUGUGGUAAAGAUCAUAAUGUAUUUGUUUAUGUGUUCUUGUCGUUAACUUGGAAUGGUUGACAUAUAUUUUUUGACAAUUCAUCA